GAAGGCAAGGGAGCAGCAGCAGGCAAAGCGUCCAAACUCUCCAAAGCGCAGCCGCGCCUUGGCUUCGCUCCGCCCCCGAUGGGGAAGUACAUGAGGAAGCGCGCGGGUCGGGCGCCGGCCGCGGAGCUCGCGCAGGUGGUGGCCGGCGUCCGGACGCGGUCCCGCUCCGCGGCCGCCCUCGCGAGCGCCGCGGCGGCGGCGCCCAAGAGGCCGAGGACGAAGCAGGCGGCAGUGAGCGCGGAGGUGGGGGCGGGCCGUGGCGACGGCGCCUGCGCCGCGGCGGCUGAGGCGGAGGCAGGGUGCUACCUGCGGCUGCGGAGCAGGAGGCUGUUCGUGGCCGAGGCGCGGCGCCCGGUGCCGGCGGAGGAGAAUGCGGCGCUGCUGCCUGUAGGGGCGGCACGGUCGUCUGGGGGAGCGUCCGGGGAGCCCGUGGUGGUGGUCGCCGGGACCUCGAGCUGCUCCAGCACGGCGUCGUCGGUGGACGUCGUUGUGGUGGCGGCGGCGGCUUGGGAGAGGACCGGUGGCGGCGCCGCGGAGGCGCGCGAGGACCCCGACGUCGAGAGCGCCGUCAGCGAGUCGGCCGGGUGCGACGACCGCGAGAGGAGGGAAGCGACGCCGUCGAGCCGGCCGCCGGCAGAUCUGAGCGACGAGGAGUCGAGUCAGGCUCAGCAGGCGGCGGGCGAGCAGAAGCAUCGCCGCCGAGGGCCUACAUGCAGAGCUAGGACGGCACCGGCCGCGGAAGAGAUGGAGGAGUUCUUCGCGGCCGCGGAGAAGGCCAUGGCCGAGCGCUUCGCAGCCAAGUACAACUUCGACGUCGCCCGCGGCCUGCCGCUCGACGCCGGCGGCCGGUUCGAGUGGACCACGGUGGCCAGUGCGCGGCUGAACCAUCGAUGACGUACACGCCGUCCGGAAAAGGAAAAAAGAGCGUGAAGCGGGCCGGGAGCCGAGAAAGCGGCGGCGGCGCAGAAAGCGAGACCCUGACGGAAGAGGCCGGACGCCGCUAGGCGCUACUAGCUCCGAAGAGGAAACAGAAGAUAAGAGGAUGCAGCCAAAAGACACGAGCGCAUUUCCGCUUGGGCACGGGGCAGUAGAGUAGCGUUGGCUCCUGGCUAGUAGUCUACAGUAUCUCCAUCCGACUCGUAUUCUGCUGUUCAAAAUUCUUGGUAGUUCCAGCCGCUAGGAUUUUACUAUCUGUAGAGCCCGUUGCGACACUGUGGCUGGCGUGUGGCUCCGACUGGGGUGCAAACCGCUCUCCUGUGCACUCAUGCACACAUCAACUCUGGACUGUUAGAUCAUCAUUAAACGGUGAGACACUAGUUUGCACUUAACCCCCCCUGCAUGCCCCUCAGGAUAUUAGGUAAAUUUUGUUAAAAACCCCAUACAAGGAAAUAUCACGCACAUGAUCUAUCGCGCUUAA